UAAUUACUACCGGACAAAACAAUAUCCAUCAAACCCUUCGCUUUCAACAAGAAAAACAAGAACAAAUUCAAACUCGUUCUAGGCUCUAGAUUUUCACAUGGAUCUUCAAUUCAGCCAAAAGGGUCUCCAAAUCACCCACAAAAAGAAAAAAUUAUUAAUUAUCUUAGCAGCUCUCGGUGUUUCAGGCUAUGGUUUAUAUAAAGUUUACAACUUUCCCUCUAUAAUCAAGAAACGAAAGAGGCUUGCUAAGCUGAUGGGCACCCUUGUUUCAGUAAUUGAAAUGGUUUCUGAUUCUGCCGAGGCAAUUGGGGUUGUUUCGAAAGAUAUGAAGGAGUUUCUGCAAUCUGAUUGUGAUCAAAUUCCGCAUAGUCUGACCCAGUUGUCGAAAAUUGCUAGGUGUGAUGAGUUUUCGAUGUCGUUGUCGAGAGCUUCUGAGGCGGUGACAUUGGGGGUUUUGAGGGGGUGUAGGGGGGGAAUUGAGGAUGAGAAUGGAGGGGUUCUUGGGUUUGCAGAUAGGGUGUUUGAUAAAAUGACUAGUAGUGCUGGGACGGGUUUUGUGUCCGUUGUUGCUGGGAGUUUCGCGAAGAAUUUGGUUUUGGGGUCUCGGACGAAUAAGGGGGUUGUUUCGGUUGGAUCAAGGUUACCGGAUUGGGUGGUUGAUGUAAUGUGUGAUGAGAGGUGUAAGGUUGUUGUAGCGGAGUAUAUUAAGGCGUUUGUGAGUACUGCGGUGGGUGUUUAUUUAGAUAGGACAAUGAGUGUUAAUGUGUAUGAUGAUAUGUUUUCGGGAUUGACUAAUCCGAAGCAUCAAGGGAGAGUGAGAGAUGUGUUUGUUUCGGUUUGUAAUGGUGCAGUGGAAACUCUUGUGAAGACGACACACGAAGUUUUGACGAGACCGAAUUCGGAUUCGAACCCUUCGAGUGGUGUUAUUGAAACUAUUGGUUCUCCAAGGGCUACUGUUGAUGCGCUUUUUGAUCAGAAUGCAAGAAGCUUGCAAGAGAAGAUAUCGUCUUUUGAUAUUCAGAAUACCGAUUGGGUUAGUAGUUUUUCGUCUACAUUGUCGGUUCCAAGUAAUAGGAGAUUUGUGCUUGGUAUGACUAGGAGGGUGACAUAUGAAACAACUAGAUCUUUUAUGGCUUUUUUCUUGAGAAAGCUCGUUUUUGGUUUGAGGAGAGGUUUUUAUUUAGUUCAUGAUGAGGUUAUGGAUAGAGGAUUAGAAGUCAUCCGAUAUGUCGGUGCUAAAUCAUUCGUUGUUAUUACAGUAUGUCUUGUUUUGUCUGUAUUUUGUAUCCUAUGUAAGCAAACACCUUUUCUUUACAUGUGAAUAAGCUAGUUUUACUACUUAUACAAUCAUAUGAGUUCAGAGUUGACCUUUUUGAAAGGCAACCACA